AUGUCGAAUCAGAGUCAAAGCUCCGGAACAGAAUCAAACGCUUCACAUGGUGGAGGAUUCAAGGGUUAUGUGAAGUGUCACUGUGGGAAGGUGUCUGUGGUGAGAAAGGCUUGGACGGAUGAUAAUCCGGGGAGAAGAUUCUAUGGAUGUGGAGCUGCAAAUUGGAAGUCUUGCAACUUCUUCAGAUGGUUCGAUGCUGAAAAGCCUCAAGGGUGGCAGAAAAACGCUUUGUUGGAAGCUCGCGAUUUGAUUCGGGAGCAAGGAGACGAGUUGAAAAAGCUGCGAGCAAUCGUCGGAGAAGAAGGUAAGGAAAUGGCUUAUGUUGGAGAGAAAAGCGAGACAAGCACCCAGAAUACAGACAUGUUGCUGCAAUUGACUACUGAGAACAAUAAACUGAAGGAAAAACUUGCUUCAAGCCUUGAGAAAGAGAAGCUAUGUCGACAAUUUGUGGUCAUUUCGUGGGUAAGAUUUGUGUGUGUUACUGCGGUAAUUGUCAGUUUAGGGAAGUGA